GCCAAAGGGAAAGCACAGCCGCUGUGUGUGUGUGAAGCGCCUGGUUACAUCUCUGACAACACUGUGCGUGUUUGUGACACAAAUUUACUCUUUUAACAACAACCACCAUGAAGUUUCAAUACAAAGAAGAGCAUCCUUUUGAGAAGAGGCGAUCAGAGGGAGAGAAGAUCAGGAAGAAAUAUCCAGACAGGGUUCCUGUAAUUGUGGAAAAAGCUCCUAAAGCCAGAAUAGGUGACCUAGACAAGAAGAAAUACCUGGUCCCUUCUGAUCUGACGGUGGGCCAGUUUUACUUUCUCAUCCGAAAACGAAUCCACCUGAGAGCUGAAGAUGCUCUUUUCUUCUUCGUAAACAACGUCAUUCCCCCUACCUCCGCCACCAUGGGCCAGUUGUACCAGGAACAUCACGAAGAAGAUUUCUUCCUCUACAUCGCCUACAGUGACGAGAGUGUGUAUGGAGAAUAGAGCCAAAGGGAAAACACACCCUCGACCUCUUCUUCCUUCCUCCUUAAACAAUAUAUAGACGUCAUGCUGGCAGCCUAGAGCUCUCAGAACUGAAGUAUCAGAUGCACUUUUUGCUUUCGUUUUUUUUAUCAUAUCUCCUUUUACGUUUUUAUCCUUUUGGUCUCGCGUUGAAAUCUGAUGUUUAAUAAGACGCAGUUUCUUUCAAAACGGUGUCUUGCGAAAUUGUCAAGCACUAGCGCUAAUGUAAUGAAAAUAAUAACUAAAUACCAUUGAUGUGGUAACAUUUUGAAUCUAUUCCAGCUUAUGAGCAGAUAUACGGCCAUUUAUAACAUGCAGAACUUUCAUAGUCAAGCUCAUUUCAAACCAUUCUGAUCAUAAAGCGAUGUUUGCUCCUUCUAGAUGGUUUCUAACUAGCAUGUGCAGUCCAACACUCGCUGGUCAGUGAGUUAGCAGACUAAAGUGUAUUCUGUUUUCAGCUACAAGUCUAAUAUGCUGUUGGUUUAUCUUUUAUUAUUGUACUUAAACGAAUGUAGAUGGCUAGAUUGAUUUUAAGUUGUAAAUCUGAAGGUGCAAGUUUUAUUUGCAGGUUUGUUUUUCGUUUUGUUUUUUAAUCUUGGUAUUCAGCUGUAUUUCUGGUACCCUUGAUGAUGACCAUAUAAAUCAAACGCACACCA